AUGUCCAACCCCCUCCAAUCCCACCCUCCUCACAUCCUCUCCCUCCUAAACCGCCUUCACGCAGAAUCAACCACCCAGGAAUCCUCCAUCCCGCGAACAACCUACACCACCCCGUCCACAGACACCUUCCACACCCUCAUGCGCGAUAAAUUCAUCGCCCUCGAGCAAGACAAGUGCCACUUCAUCUACCAGCUCGCCCGCACCCUCAACGCAACCUCCAUCGUCGAAGCAGGCACCUCCUACGGCGUGAGUACCAUCUACCUCGCUCUUGCUGUGGCGGAUAACCUUGCCUCCGCCUCUGGCCCCAGUAAAGGGACUGUUAUCGCGACGGAAUACGAGCCCGCCAAGGCAGAGCAGGCGCGCAAGCAUUGGGCCGAGUGUGGAGAGGCAGUCAGUAGCGUGAUCGAUCUCCGUGAGGGUGACCUGCGGGAGACUCUGAAGACAAACCUCCCUGAUCGGGUUGAUAUGCUUCUGCUUGAUAUCUGGACGCCGAUGGCGCUCCCCACGCUGAAGCUGGUCCAGCCCAAGCUGCGGUAUGGCGCUGUUGUGGUGACGGAUAACACGGUGAGUUCGGCGGAGGGAUACAAAGACCUGCUAGAGUAUCUGCGUGCCCCUGGAAGCGGGUUUAGUACUUUGACGCUGCCGUAUAAGGGGGGUGUGGAGAUGAGUGUCUACCUCCCUCCUCAGUAG